UUCUACAAUACAUUGAGUAGACAAAAGUGACGAUCUCCGGUACUCAACGCAAAAAAUAAUUGUAAAAACUAAUAAACUUUUCAAAAUUUUCUCCCGUAUUUAAGCAACAAAAACAAAGAAUUCACAAAGAAAAUGUUUCAGUAUUUAAGAAAUACAACAAAGCAUAUAUUAAAUUAAUUAAAAUUUAGUAGUAAUUUAAAAAAAAAUAUAUAUUAAAAUAUAAAUAAACAUCACAAAAUGGAUUUCGAUCAAGUAUUAGAGGAGAUUGGUGAAUUUGGCCGUUACCAAAAGACUAAUUAUUUGUUAAUAUGUCUGCCGGUCAUGUUUGCAGCGGCCAAUAGUUUAUCGUAUGUUUUCACAGCCGGUACACCAGCUUACAGAUGUUUAAUACCGCAGUGCGAUGAUGUGAAUGAUCCACAGUUAUAUCCACAUUGGCUAGCAAAUGCUACACCAGGAAAUACCGAUAAAAAUGGUGUUUUUACUCCGGAAACUUGUUAUCGUUAUCGGUUAAAUGAUACCAUAAGUUUGAAUACUUUCGAUAGUUCCGCCCAGGAGUGUCCUCAUGAUUUGUUUUAUGGCAACUUAAAAGAACGUUGCUUUGACUGGGUGUUUGAUAAAGAUGAGAGAACAAUUGUACAGGAGUGGGACUUAACUUGCCAAGAAAAUGCCUGGAAAUUGGCAUUUGUUGGUACUAUGCAUUUUGCUGGUUUGGUGGUGGGCACAGCUAGCUCUGGCUAUUUAGCAGAUCGAUAUGGUCGCAAAAUCAUCUUCAUCAUAUGCAUUAUAUUCAUGGCCAUAACGGGUGUGGGUCAGGGUUUAGCUUGGGAUUACAAUAGCUUUUUAAUUUUUGCCUUCCUAAAUGCCGUCGGCACCUCUGGUGUUUAUCCUUUAGCAUUUAUAAUUGGUGUCGAAAUGGUGGGACCCAAGAAACGUGAAAUGUCCUCGAUAGUAUUAAAUUAUUUCUAUGCCGUGGGCGAAGCUUUGGUGGGCUUGACUGCUUGGCUUUUACACGAUUGGCAGCUGUUGCAGUAUGCCCUCUCCAUACCACCUUUAUUUUUCAUAGUCUACUAUUGGUUGGUACCCGAAUCGGUAAGAUGGUUGAUAGCCCGCAAUCGCAAAGAGAAAGCUGGUGAAAUUAUACGUAAAGCGGCCCAAAUAAAUCGUAAAGAGUUAUCGGUGGCUUUGCUAGCAAAUUUUCAAAUGGAAACUCCUAUUGAAACAACUAUAGAUGGUGAUUCCAAAGAUAAAUUGAAAGUGGAGAAAUAUGAAAUUUGGCUGGCUGUAAAGGAGGUAUUCAAAUCGAAAUCUUUAAUGUUCAGAUAUACCAUAAUGUUAUAUAUAUGGGCUAUAAAUUCUGUGGUUUACUAUGGCCUCUCUUUAAACUCUACGAAUUUGAGUGGAAAUAAAUAUUUCAACUUUGCUUUGGUGUGUCUUAUUGAAAUUCCCGGCUAUACUUUGGCUUGGUUUUCUCUUAACAAAUUUGGUCGCCGUAUAUCGCUAACGGGUUCAUUAUUUCUUUGUGCCAUAACUUGUGUAGCGGGAGGCUAUAUUACUAAAGUGCAAACUAACUUGGAAACACGUUCAAAUUGGCUUAUAAUUGUAUUAUUUUUAAUUGGAAAACUGGGCAUAACAUCUUCUUUUGCUGUAAUUUAUGCCUAUACCGCCGAAAUGAUGCCCACCGUUAUACGUAGUGGUGGUGUUGGUGUCAUGUCUACAUUUGCUAGAUUUGGUGCCAUGUUGGCUCCAUUUGUACCUUUAUUGGGCCUUUAUUAUGAAGCUUUGCCUUUACUUUUAUUUGGUGGCGCUUCUUUGUCAGCUGGUUUAUUGGCUUUAUUGUUGCCAGAAACAUUUGGCAAAAAAUUACCAGAUACGGUUGCUGAAGCAAAACAGUUGGGUAAAUCUAAAAAAAGCUGCAGCAGUGAAGUGUCACAAAAUACUAACUCGUGUGGUGAUCAAAACAACUGCUUUGAGAGCAGUAGCAAUUAUAAUAAUAAUAAUAAUUCAACUCAGCUCAGUGAUUAAUAAUUUUCAUUUAAAUAGCAAUUAAGUAUUAAAGAUUAAACUUAUUUUUUUAUAUUAACAAAUACAUACAA